CGUCGUUUGUGGAGGUAAUACGUAUUGACGGUAUUGACUGAUAAGUUAAACACGUUGAACACGUUGAAGGAGAGGUUAGGAGGGUUUAUGUCGCUUAUGUAGUGUAAGUUAGAGGAAAGGAAUGGCUUUUUACGAUAACAAACAUUGGCUUCUGUCACACAUUCGGAAUUCUUUUAUAUCAUCGGAUGAUACAGGGAUGUGCGAGUUGGUAAUGGUAGGCGAAGAUAUACCACGGAAGCUUGCCAAUGUGAACAAGUUUGAUUGUUAUCCAGGAGUAGAUGAGAGUGACGAUGAAGAAGAUGAAACUGAUGUUAUGGGACAGUCGUUCGAUAUACAGUCUGAUAUAGAUUUUGGUAUUCAUCGCCAACGUUCCAAUACCGCUCAGCGUCUUGAGAAAAUGGAUGAAGACCGCAAGAAAACUAGUAGGAUUAAGCAUAUAAAGUGGGAAUGGAGUUCAGCUGUUUUAACAGACGAAGAGCGAGCCGGACUUUUCGAGAGGAAGAAUUUUAAACAAAAUGAAAAAAAUGUACACAUAAAGAAAAACUCCCUCCUAUCUGAACAGCUGGAGAAGUGUCCAAAUUUACCACAGAAUCCAUUUGUGGAGUAUGCAAAAUAUGAUGGGAAUGAUCAGAUUGGAGUUCCAACGAGGAAGUAUGGUAUUUUCCUUACCAUGCUGGAGCCAGCAGAGAGGAAUUAUCCAAUGCAUGUCACUGUCUUAGCUCAAGCAAAAGUGCAAGAUCUCAUCGGACUAAUUUGUUGGAAACAUACUUUAGAACAUGGACAGCAUAAACUCAAGGACAGUGUUAAUCAUUAUGGACUGUAUAUUGCUGAAGACGAUGGUGAAGUAGAUUGGGACUUCCCAUGCUUAGAUCCCCGUGAAAUAGUUGGGAAAUUUGGAUUUAAUUAUUUGGCCCUAGUGGAACGUCAGAAGAGAGAAGAUGAUUCAAAACCCACAGAACGGGAGGAGAGUCAGGUAAUACUUUCACAGGAGCCCUGGCUGAAACCAAAGUCUCAACAACAGGAGCUUGAAGACUUGAUUCGGAUGCAGGGUCACAUGAUCGCAAUGGAGGCACCUUUGUAUCAAUCUUACCGUGUCUACAUCAUUAACAAAGUGAGAGCAAAAGCAGAAAUACACUUAGGUGUGUCUGGUGAGAAAGUUGAAAUUGACCCAGUUAUGCAGCAGAAGGUCAGCGCCAAGUUCUGGAACCGACAGAAAGCCGUUAGUUAUGACAUGGAUAACAUAGCAGCUUGUGAUCUCAUAGAUGCCAAGGCCAACAGUCGUUCUAUAUUCCGCCUUGUUUACCAUCAUUCAAGUGCCGCUUCAGGAGAGCAAGCUGAAUCUUUGCAGCACCACUCUGAUCUCGCCAGCUACAAGCACCAUGACUUUGAGGCAGAACAUCGAACUGCUGAAGAAAUUGUGCAGAAAAUAAACCAUAUUCUAGAACUAAGAUCCAGCGUCAGAAGAAAAGAAUACCUCGCGUUAAGAGAAAGGAAAUCACACAGAAAACGAAGCUUCCAUCUAGGACCCAGAUGAUUACUGGACAGAGUACUUAGGCAAUUAGGUAUACUGUGUUUUUUGGAAUUUCAGACUAGUUUAAAACGAGACUGUUUCUAAUGUACAUCAAUCUGUCCCUAUUAGAAAAAUCAGAUGAGGUCAUAGUCUUGAAAUUUGUCUGAUUUUUUUUUCUCAGAGUGUGAACCUAGCCUUGGUUGUAAAACUACAGAAAAAUUAUGUAUUUUUGACAGUUGUUUCCAGUUUCCAUUUGCACCCACUAUGGUGCUAUAACUUGUAUCAUAUUUAUCAUUAUUUGUAAUGACCAGUGAAGGGUAUAUUGAAACUGUGAUGGUCAAAUCAUGAAAGAGUAUGGCGCAUUUGUCCAUACGUAUGCUUCAAACAAAGAAGUGCAAAUUU